AUGGCAGCUAUCAGUGCCACCCUGCCAGCAGCCAUUCACAGCUCAGUUUCACUUCGCUGCGACGCGGCUUUCAACCCGCGCCGCGUGUACCCCGACGUCUCCCUUCCAAGGACGCGCCUCGUUGCGAGGACCUCCCGUAGUUCGUCCGUCACCGCAUCUUCUCCCUCGAAUUCGGGUAACUUGGCCGCCUUUCAACCCCCCUCCUCCUCCUCCCCCUCCCCCUCGAAUACAGCCCCCUCCUCCCCUCCCACUCUUCCCGAGCCGCUCAUUCCUCUCGGCCAAUCAGAGCUGCGUGUGUCACCGCUGGGAAUCGGCACACUCCAAUGGGGCGAUCCGCGGUCGGGCUUCGGUGAACAGUACUCCGCUGCUGACCUGGCAGAGGCCUUCCGGGCGGCGCUGGCGGGCGGCAUCAACCUGUUUGAUUCUGCAGAGGUGUUCGCUAGAAGACCUCUUUCCCCUCUUUCCCCUCCUACCCCUCCUCUUCCCCCUCUUCCCCCUCUUCCCCCUCUUUCCCCCUCCCUCCUCCCCUCGCAGGUCUACGGCUACCAAAGCAUCCCAACUGGGAACUCCUCCGAGCAGCUUCUGGGAAGGUUCGUGGCGGAGGAGAAGGCGAGAAGGCUCCAGGAGGGGAGCGACAGCUCGCAGUCCCCGGCGCCUGUAGCAGCCUCCAAGUUCUUCACCAUUCCCUGGACCAACCUGCUCGUGGGUGGCGGGCUGCGAUUCGGCCGCCAGUCGCUGAUAGAUGCUCUCAAGGCGAGCCUGCAGCGCCUCGGCAUGGAGCGAGUUGAUCUCUACCAGAUCCACUUCCCCUUCCCCACCAUCAGCAACGCCACGCUAAUGGACGGGCUGAAGCAGGCGCAUGCAGAGGGGCUGGCCACGGCUGUGGGGGUGUCCAACUAUAACACACAGCAGCUGCAAGAGGCGCAUUCCCUUCUCAAAGCGGCCAGCAUCCCCCUGGCCUCCAACCAAGUCAAGUUCAACCUGUUGGACCGAGGUACAGAGACUAGCGGCCUGCUGCAGGCGUGCAAGGACCUGCAAGUGUCGCUCAUAGCCUACUCGCCCCUGGCAUCAGGCCUGCUCACAGACAAGGCCCUCACACGCUCAGACAAGGACGCCGUGCGGGUGCGUCCCUUGCUGGAGCUUAUGAGGGCUAUCGGGGAGGAGAAUGGCGGCAAGAGUGUGUCUCAGGUCGCCCUUAACUACAUCAUGUGCAAGGGUGCCAUUCCCAUCCCCGGGUGCAAGACAGCAGCGCAUUCCACAAGCCACCUGGGCAGCAUGGGCUGGCGCCUUACACCAGAGCAUG